UUUUAUAUUGCCAUGUCAGCAACCACUGAUUGGCCUUCUUGGCACUGCAGGCUUGGGCACAUCAGUAACACCAUUAUCAACGCUUUAGGACGGUCUGGGAGGCUUGGCAAGGACUGGAAAGAGGAUGAGGUACAUGCACAGUGUUCUGCUUGUAUUCAAGGCAAGGGGACCCGUCUACCUUCGCGCCCUAACAUCAACCAAGCAUGUAAUCCGGCAGACAAGGUCUCAGCCGAUCUCUGGUGA